CGCUCCCUGAUGCCAAAACAAACCCAAUACUGACCUACAGUUCUGUUGACCGCCACACCGGUAUAUGAGGAUCCAGAUACCUGUCUCCUAAACCGGUCGUUAGAACCGGCAGAUCGGUAAAUAAGAGCCCGUUAAAUCGAGUGGAUACUACCAAAACAGGAGGAUGGGCUGCAUAUGUUUGUGUACGUAAAUUAGGAUGAUUAGACACAGAGUUUAGUGGUUUUUCUUGGGGGGUUGCCCCGGACCAUAUCAGUUAAGUAGCUUGAAGCUAACCUAACUGAUAUGUGCUUUAUUAGUUUGGGUUCAUCAGUAACAGGAGUUCAUAUUCUGCCAUUGACUGGGGCUGUUACCCAGAAAGAUUAGCAAAUCAAAAGAAACAACUAGCCGGUAAAAUUGUGACCUACAGCCAGAAACUCAAACAAAGUAACUACGCCAAAACACUACACGCUGCACCGGACCUGCUCUUGGGAAUCCCACCUGAUAAUGUAUUCCUGUGACUUUUCGCUCUAGCUCAGUCACAUUACCACACAUACUUGCUCUGCAGUACUAUGUGGCGUUGUGAUGCUCUCAUAUCUCUCUACUGCUCAUUCUGCUCUUGUAUGUGUGUACUGCUACUCCAACAGCUGCUCUGUGGUGACUGUGUGCCUCUCUUCUGGCAAAAGGCUAUGAAAUAAUUAUGAAUACCUGGAAGCCAACGAAGUGCUGCUGUUGCAGUUUGCGAACCGGAAGUUUGGUAGUGGGUGCGCUGGCUCUGAUAGGAGCUGUUUUGGACCUCAUAAAUGGCUGUGUUGGUACAUUUGCUUUUGUAAUCAACCAACUGGCAAAAUUGAAGCUUAUUAGUUGCUUGGAGGAUGAAGACAGUACACUUUGCGCUGAUCAGAGUCAAAAAUAUGUUUUGGCCUUCUCCUUUGCACUCAUCAUUUGUGAAGCAAUUCAGGCUAUUGUCUGCUGCAUGCUGAUACAUGGAAUACGCAAGGAAAAACCCAAGUUUAUGGUGCCCUAUAUAACAUGGAGCAGCGUUCGUGUGGGAAUAUUUAUCACACUGUCUGUGGUUAGCAUUGUCAUAUAUAUCUCCAUGCCAGCGGUUCUACUGGCACUCCUAGCAACUAUGAUCAUCCUUGCUCUUAUUGAAGUUGUCUACCUGUUGUUCGUCUGUGCUCAUUAUAUUGAGAUGAAACAAGCUCAGUGUGCAACUCAUGUCCUUUUGGAAGAAGAAAUUGCAGAGUUAUAAAUGGAUGAAAUACCAUGGGCUUCUUUCCGAAAUGUUCUGACAAAUCAUAAUAUUAACAACCAUCGCAUUUAA